AUGUCCAACAAUAUGGCAAAGAUCGCAGAGGAGCGCAAGGCAGUGGAGCAGCUCAAGCUGGAGGUCAACAUUGACAGGAUGAAGGUUUCGAAGGCUGCUGCUGACCUCCUGGCAUUCUGCGAGGCUCAUGCGAAGGAAGACCCCAUGGUGACCUCAGUGCCCUCCUCAGAAAACCCCUUUCGUGAGAAGAAGCUCUUUUGUGCCAUCCUGUAAUCCAACCACAACAUCAACAACCAUAUUAUUAUUUAUUUGGCAGACGCCUUUAUCCAAGGCAACUUAUAGGUGUUAGAGGGUUACAAUGUAAGCUUAAUAUUUAAAUACAGUGUAGUUUACAGCAAGUAAGCAAUA